AUGUCUGACCUUGACUCUCUUGUCUACAAGUACUUGUUAGAAAGUGGUAAUACCGAAGCCGCCAACGCUUUGAAAAAGAAGAACCCUUCGGUUGAAAAGCAAAAAACUAAGAAGACUUUGACUUCUAUCUUUGAACAAUUCAAGUCUGAAAACGCUAGCAGCUCUUCCUCUUCAAGCAGUUCUUCCGAAAGCAGCAGCAGCAGCAGUAGCGAAUCAUCUUCUGACGAAGAAGAAGAAAAGGAACAAAAAGAUGUUGAAAUGAAGGAAUCCUCCUCUUCAUCUGAUAGCAGCUCUUCUUCCGACAGCAGUGAUAGUGAAGAAGAAGAUAAAAUGGAUGUUGAUGAAAAGAAGGAAGAAUCAUCUUCUUCAAGCGAAUCUUCCUCCAGCGAUUCUUCUGAUGAAGAAGAAGCCAAGGCCGAAGAAAAGAAAGCUGAAUCCUCUUCUAGCAGCAGCAGCAGCAGCAGCAGCUCUUCCUCUUCCAGUGAAUCCUCUUCUGACGAAGAAGAAGAAGAAGCCAAGGCCGAAGAAAAGAAGGAAUCCUCCUCUUCAAGCUCCUCCUCUAGCGAAUCUUCCUCCAGUGACUCCUCUUCUGAUGAAGAAGAAGAAACCAAGGCUGAAGAAAAGAAGGCUGAAUCCAGCAGCAGCUCUUCUUCCAGCUCUUCCUCCAGCUCUUCCUCUUCUAGCGACUCUUCCUCUGAUGAAGAAGAAGAAGCCAAGGUCGAAGAAGCCAAGGCUGAAGAAAAGAAAGAAUCUUCCUCUUCCAGUUCUUCAAGCUCCUCUUCCAGCUCUUCCUCUUCUAGCGAAUCCUCCUCCAGCUCUUCUUCCUCCAGCUCUUCCUCUUCUAGCGAAUCCUCCUCCAGUGACUCCUCUUCUGAUGAAGAAGAAGAAGAAGAAGAAACCAAGGCUGAAGAGAAGAAGGCUGAAUCCAGCAGCAGCUCUUCCUCCAGUGAAUCCUCUUCUAGCGAUUCAUCUUCUGAUGAAGAAGAAGAAGCCAAGGCUGAAGAAAAGAAAGACUCUUCCUCAUCAUCAUCUGACUCCGAUUCUAGUUCUGAUGCUGAUUCUGAAUCAUCCUCUGAUGAAGAAGAUGAAGAAGAAAAGGAAGAAAAGGAAGAAAAGAAGGAAUCUUCCAGCUCCAGCAGUUCCAGCAGCAGCGAAUCUAGCAGCAGCAGCUCCAGUGAAUCCGAAUCCAGCUCUAGCAGCAGUGAAUCUGAAUCUAGCAGCAGCGACUCUGACUCCAGCAGCGAUUCUGAUAGUGAUUCCGAUUCUGAUAAGGAUGUAAAGAUGGAAGAGUCCACCAACUCUAAACGUAAGGCUACUGAAGCACCUGCUGAACAACCUGCUCCCAAAAAGUCCAACAGCGGCCCCAAAGUGAAGCGCGAGCGAGUUCAAGGUACACCAUUCCAACGUGUCAAACCAGAAGAAGUUGAGUUUUUAGAUGACCGUUUAAAGGAUAAUACAUAUGAAGGCAAAGGUGGAUCUGGUUCGGGCGACAAGUUCCGUGCUGAAAAGAACAAGAAGAAGAGAGGCUCCUUUAGAGGUGGACAAAUCUCUUUUGAAAGCCAUAGCAUCAAAUUCGAAUAG